CCCCCAGCCAGAGGGCCGGCGCUAAUUGGCCGGACGGGAUCACGUGGGUGGAGGCCUGCCAACAUGGCGCCGCCCGGGGCUUGCAGGGUAGGAACAGCAAAGGAAGACUAGGAGCCUGAGCGACAUGGGGGACGGCGAUUUCUUCGACUCUGAAAAUUUUCCUCCACUGAAAAAUGACACAUUCCUCAGAGCAGCAUGGGGAAAGGUAACUGACUAUGUCCCUGUCUGGUGUAUGAGGCAGGCAGGAAGAUAUCUCCCGGAAUUCAGAGAGACACGAGCAACUCAGGAUUUCUUCACAGCUUGUCGCACUCCGGCAAUUAGCUGUGAACUAACAUUGCAGCAUUACUGCAUUGUUACAGGCAGAAAGCCCUCAUUCUGCACAUUUAAGCCUCUUCGAAGAUUCCCGCUGGAUGCUGCUAUCAUUUUCUCUGACAUUCUAGUGAUACCCCAGGCAUUGGGGAUGGAGGUUACCAUGGUUCCAGGAAAAGGACCAACAUUUCCAGACCCACUGAACGAGCCUGGGGAUCUUGUCAAGUUGCAGGAGAAUGUAGAUGUGGCACAGGAGCUGGCAUAUGUGUUCCAGGCUAUAAAAUUAACCCGCUACGAACUAAAGGGAAAAGUGCCUCUUAUCGGCUUCUCUGGAGCCCCGUGGACAUUGAUGGCUUACAUGAUUGAAGGAGGUGGCUCAAAUACAAUGGCUAAAGCAAAACGCUGGCUGUACCAGUUUCCAGAGGCUAGUCAUAAGCUGCUGAAAAUUCUAACUAAUGUGAUUGUUGACUAUCUGGUGGGGCAAGUUACAUCAGGUGCUCAGGCCCUGCAAGUCUUUGAAUCUCAUGCCGGGCAUCUAGGAAAUGAGCAGUUCACCGAGUUUUCGCUGCCUUACCUCAGAGAGAUUGCUCAUCAAGUGAAGGAAAAACUGAAAGUUUUGGGCCUGGAUCAAGUGCCAAUGGUAAGAUUCUCAUCCUCUGGUACCAUCUGUAGGAGACAUUUACUGACGUGUCCUCCUUUGCCUCAAUAACUCCUGUUUUCUUUU